AGGUGUCAGAUCUUCACCUGCAAGCCUCUUGGACACAUCAGGGACAGAGAACCUACGAGUCAUACCUGAAAGUAAAAGCUACUCAGGAUCUUCAUACUAAGGAAAUCUUAUUGUCUUCUGAUUAAUUUAAUCUAUUAUUUUCAUUUCAAGUCAAAGGAACUGACAGGGAUGGAUUACAGACUGAUCCUCAGUGUGCUGUUGGUGACUCUGUCUUGGAGAUUUAUGGGUACCUACGCUCAGAACAAUUCUACAGCUAAUUCAACAGUUACUGCAGUUCCAUCAGUAAGUGCAGUAAAUGCCAAUGCAUCCGGCAUACCUGCAACAAGCACACCAGUAGGAGCCAGCGCAAACACAGGAGCCCCAGGGGGAGCCAACGGAACCACAGGAGCCCCAGUAGGAGCCAGCACAAACACAGGAGCCCCAGGGGGAGCCAACGGAACCACAGGAACCCCAGGGGGAGCCAACAGAACCACAGGAGCCCCAGGGGGAGCCAACGGAACCACAGGAGCCCCAGGGGGAGCCAACAGAACCACAGGAGCCCCAGGGGGAGCCAACGGAACCACAGGAGCCCCAGGGGGAGCCAACGGAACCACAGGAGCCCCAGGGGGAGCCAACGGAACCACAGGAGCCCCAGGAGCCACCAACGGAACCACAGGAGCCCCAGGAGCCACCAACGGAACCACAGGAGCUAGUAACAUUACAACUACAGGAACAGCGAUUACAUCUACAAUUCCAGUCGCAGCUCUUACGGCCACUAUUACAACGACAGAUUGUGGUUCCAAAAAGCUUUGUGUCGCCGAACCCAAGACUUGUGACCCGUCUACAGGAAGCCAAUGUUAUUAUAUUUCUGCUAAGCAGCAGAGUGGUCAGUUGUACGACUUUGAGCUUUCAGGACAGUCAGAUGGGUACAUUGCUGCAGGUCUGUCAACUUCCUCUAGUCAGGCUGACAACCAUCAAGCCUACAUUUGUGCGAAUAGCAACAGUGUUGUGAGGUUCUUCACUGGCACCCUCACCAACUCCAUGGUGAAUUUGACAUCGCUGGAUGCAAGCAACGUGAAGGGUAAAGUCAGUUCAGGCAAAAUCCAGUGUACAUUUUCAGCUACACUGCCAAACACCACCACACGAGCAGCAGGUUACUCACUGUCUGUUUCAUCUGGAAGUUACAAUCCUACUACUGGAGCAUUUGGCUCACCAAACUUCAGGAUUCAGACUCCUGUUGUAAACCUGUCAGAUCCCAACGCCACCAUCUCCAAUCUGGUUAAUGGCACCAACUCUACUAGUGGUGCUUUUCCAGGUGUACACCAGCAGUCACUAUUGAUGCCAACUCUGCUGCUCAUCGUGACAACCCUGGCGUUCACCACCCAGUAAAUAACCUGACCUCCUCACUGGAACGUCCCAGCAGUUGCUGGAUGUAAAAGUUCAGGCUCUGGUACUCAACAUGGAAUAUUCUAGACACCAUCAUCCCAAACUGGUCAUCCUCAUUCUUUGUGCUUCAGCUUUUUCACAGAUUGCACAGCUGUUUAAGAUCACUAAAGCUAAUUGAACAUUUCACUACAGAACUGCUGGAUUUCUGUUCUGUGAGGAUAAAACUAGGCUAAAUUUUAAAUUGAGCCAAAAAGAAAAGUGUUCAUUACUAUUGGUAAAGUUACAAAACAACCACAGAUUAUUUACUUUAGGUUUAAAGGUCUGGUUACCUUUUAGGCUCAUGACUUGUUUAAAUCUGCAGGUCUAUUUUGUCACUAUUUACCACAGUUGAAAGCUAAAUUUUUGAAAUAUGUGUACUUUGUGGCUUAUUUACAAGUUUUCAAGUGAAAAAGUGUCUUUUACCAUCAAUAAUAUUGCCAAAGAUGCUUUUUUUUCCGUUGAUUUUCUUAUAAUAUGAAGCUUUCCCUGGCUGAUUUGUUGAAUAUUUUAUGAAGGUUUGGGGACAAAUGUGAGAUUUAUGAAGAAUGCUGCACACCUAAUACUUGUUACUUCAUUUUGCACAUAUUAAAAAUGAAUAUUAUAAGAAAUGUUUUUUUAACAAUUUAUACGAACCUGUUUUCUUUGACAUUUAAAUAAAGAAAGUUUGACCAAAAAAUGCUUAGUU